UAUACGCGGAUUUUCCACAAGAAGAAGUCGUCGAAAUGGCCGAUGCUGCUCCCGCCUCACCACAGAAGAAAGCCAAAGCUGCCAAGCCAAAGGCCAAGGCACCCGCUGCCCACCCUAAGGUCGCUGAUAUGGUCGUCGCUGCCAUCGCCGCUCUGAAGGAACGCGGUGGCUCCUCCGGCCAGGCCAUCAAGAAGUACAUCGCCGCCAACUACAAGGUAGAUGUCGUGAAGAUCACACCUUUCAUCAAGAAGUAUUUGAAGAAGGCUGUUGCUGACGGAAAGCUUGUUCAGACCAAGGGCAAGGGUGCCUCUGGCUCUUUCAAGCUCAGUGCUGCCGCCAAGAAGCCAGCAGCCAAGCCCAAGAAAGUGAAGAAGCCCAAGGCCGAAAAACCAAAGAAGGUGAAGAAAGCUAAGAGCCCCAAGAAGGCAAAGAAACCCGCCGGCGAAAAGAAGGCUGCCAAAGCAAAGAAAGCAAAGUCUCCAAAGAAGGCCAAGGUUGCCAAGCCUAAGGCAGCUAAGAAGCCCAAGUCUCCCAAGAAGGCCGUCAAGAAAGCCGCCAAGCCCAAGGUGAAGAAGUCUCCCAAGAAGGCCAAGGCUGCUAAGAAGUAA